AUGAUCCUUCAUUUGUCCUCUCCGAUACACAGCACUGAUCACACAGCCGUGCCUCUUUAUGAAGAGAGGAAGUUCAUUGUUUUCGAAUCUAGUCUGGAUGAACUGCUCUCGGUCUGCCCUCUGUGUUCACGUCCGUGUAGAGCAAUUGAUAAAAAUAUGAAAGGAACAUUAUUGCAGGAUGCGAAGCUUCGAUGUUUUUUAGGGCACUCAGGAGGUGUGGGUGUCGCCUGCAGCAGUGACAAAACACACUUCAGAGUCCAAGAUGCAUUCCUCAUUCCUGCAGUCGCCAAGGUCUGGACACAACAACAAAAUGUCCUUUUUGAUGAAGCCAUUGGCCGUCCACUCCCGGCUGCUGGAGAUGGUAGGGCAGAUUCCCCUGGACUUUCCGCCAAGUAUGACACAUGCUCUUUUCUGGACAUAGAGCUGAACAAGGUCUUGCACAUCGAAACUCCAGGUGUUCAUUAUUUUUGCAUGAAAGAGCAUGCGUAUAGUAAUAUCUGCAAGCUUGCUUAGGAGGUAAUGGUGGGCUAGUGGGUUGUGCACAAUCUUCGAGAAACAAUAGGCCAAUUAAAAGUUGCAUUGUUCAUGACUACAUACACGUGUGCUUGGUUUAAUGUUGGUUAUGUUGAAUGUAUGCACUGAAAGAUGAGCAGGGUGAUAUCAGCAAUUUUGAUGACAGUAAAAGCAGCGGAAGAAUUCUAUACUGACCUGUACAGUGCCCAGGGCAGCCAAGCUAUUUUCAUUUGAAGUAGUGAUGAACAGGAUGCAGAGGCUCCUCCUAUAACUAGUGAUGAAGUUAGAAGGCCCUUGAAAGACAUGACCAGGGGAAAAGCUGCCGGAGAAGAUGCAAUAACAGUCGAUUUAAUCAAAGAUGGAGGAUACAUCAUGCUUGAAAAGCUUGCGGCCCUUAAUACACAAUGCCUCACGACUUCAAGUGUACCAGAAAGCUAGAAGAACACCAACACUAUACUCAUCCAUAAGAAGGGAGACGUUAUAGAAUUGCAAGAAUUUUAGACCCAUUAGCUUGCUUUCAGUAUUGAUAGCUUUCACGUGACGUCGCAGACCCAGCUUAUCACCGUGCUGGUGCACCAGCAUGGCGGCUACGACUAAGGUCAGUGCAAGCAAUCUUACUGAUAGCUUUCAUGUGACAUCAUGCACCCAGCUUAUCACCGUGCCGGUGCACCAGCAUGGCAGCUUCGAUGACGUCGGUGCAAGGCAUCUAUAAAAUAUUC